GUAGUCUACGGUUGUCGCAUUCUUUUUAUUUACGAUGAUAUUUGUAAUAAAGAUUUCCAACCGUUUAUUAUUUCCAUGGUAUGUGACCAAAUGUGUGGUGAACGACACAUCCUCUAACAUUUUCUGUAUAUCCUUUUAGUGAUGGCGAUGUUAAACUAUAAACAUGGAACAUAAUUACGGUCAGGAUUUCUCUGUAAUGUGUUGUCGAAAUUGGAUUAUAAUUGUGUUUUCAUAUAAACCGCCAUAGGAUUAUUACAUCACUUUCAUGUGUUUCUGUGCAAAGAGGAACAACUCGUGUUAAAACAGUGCCAGGCUAGAUUGAUGUGCCCUUGAACCCCUAACAAUGACUAUGAUGACGUCACUGGAACCACCAACAUGGUUCACUCCUGGAGGUAGUAAUUAGUAUGCACAGAAGAAAAACAGCUCUGAGAUUUACGACCCGUGGUUUGCGUUCCAGAGAGAUGGAAGAUUUAAGUGCAACAAAUCAUAACUGAAUUUAUGCUGAGAGCGACAUCAUAUUCUUUUCUUAUUUUUAUUCUAGCAUCAGGAUCUUUUAAACAAAUUUGGACUUAAUCCACAAAAAUGAGAGACAUCCUAAGUUGCUUGGUAGUGUUAUCUGGUAGUGGGCUUGUGCUGGAAGCUGUGGGACUGAUCUACUUGGCCCUGCAUCACCUUACUUUGUUAAGUUGGAAUGACCAAUCAUGGAAACCGUGGGAAAUAAUAUUCUAGCUCAUGGCGCUCUUCCGUUUUAUCAGAACGGCUUAACUACAUCUGUCUCCAGUAUUCUCUCGUCUAGUCCUGGGGCCCAGGACAGUAUCUCCCGGACCACCGCUAUAGGGGCCCAGAACGGAUGGCCCUCUUACUCCGCUGACAGCUCAAUCCCUCCCCACAAUUCCUGCUCCAUGUCCUCCUACAGCAAUCUACAGCUGGGACCCUCAUUCUCCGCCAUGAACGGGAAAUCCCCUUACAACACAUUUGCUAGUGCGGGUGCGGACUAUUUAAACUGCCGACAAAUGCAGUUAAAUCAUAUGAACCUUAAUGCUAUGCCAACUAUGAGGAACUAUCCCCCUUUGUAUUCUGACAUGUACCCCUCUGCCCAUACAGCAGGCUACACAAACGGCAGCUUUUACCCGGAUAUUCCUCCCGGAUUACCCACCCUUCCCGGCAGAGAUAUAGACUGUCGGAGUGCUACAUCAGAAUCAUCCAACCAAGAGUCCAAAGGCAGAAAGAAACGGAAACCAUACACGCGAUAUCAAACUAUGGUGUUAGAAAAUGAGUUUUUGAACAGUUCUUAUAUAACUCGUCAAAAGCGAUGGGAAAUUUCAUGUAAACUCCAACUAUCCGAGCGACAGGUCAAAGUGUGGUUUCAGAAUCGUCGAAUGAAACGAAAGAAGCUGAAUGAACGCGCAAAAGCGAGGAUAAGAGAUGGGGACGACAGCAAAGACCAUCUGCUUCAACAGGCUCAUCACGCAGGCGCAGUUCAGGCAUGAGAUAUGUUCAUCACUAGGAGAACAAUAACACUGAUUAAAUGCUGAAGCAAAGUGUAAUGGUCCUAUAGAUGGGAUACAAGUCCGAAUUCUCGUGGGGCGGGAUGAUUCGGAGGUUUAAGAAGUGGACCCUCAGUAGCCAAGUAGAAAAGUCCUUGACAAAGACGAUAUUUAUCGCUUCUGUACCAAAAGCAGGGAAAAUGCUCACUGUGUGUUUUAUUAUUUCAGUAUAGAGUGUGUACAAGACUAUUUUACAUGUGUAAAUAUUGUUCUGUGUGUCACGUGACCCAGUCGUAUGCUAGAACAUUUUUUUUUAUCAUACAAGUGGAGUAUUAUACAUUUUCAUUAUUUCUUUGUGUAAAUUGUAGACAGUUACCAGUACGAUUGUCCGUAAUGCAGAAUACCAUUCAUAGUGUUAACAAAACAUCUAUCGAACUUGUCUCUAGAAACAUAUUUAUUGAUUCUUUUCUGUGUUUUUUUAAAUUUUUAAUAUAACAUUGAGUUUUUUCUUUAAAUGAUAAAAUUAAGAACACCAAAGUUAUUGAUUUACUGUUAAGCUUAGAUAAUACGCAUUUCAGCUUUUGCUAAAGAAACAUUUCUUAUCAAGUAAAUAAUGGUAAAUUCCGUGGAAUGUCACGACAUCAUGCUACACCCAGUUUUCAUUUGUUUUUAACUUAAAAACACCGAAGACAAUUUCUAAAAACAGUUACUAAACAAGAACGGAAAACGUGUUGUAAGUGAAAAUUUGCAGUCCAAAUAGGAGUUUGCCGCAGGGAGUGUAGCGAUCGAAAUAUGUUCGCGGUAAAAGAUUUACCUUAUUUACAGUUAAAUGUAUUGAGAGAAAAAGAAUUUUGAUAUACAAUUCAGGAAGUAAAUAUUCUAUUUUUUCUUCAAACAUACAUGACAAACAUCGUGGACAUUUUUUUAAUGAUGUCAUGAAGUUUUAGCUUACAUGAUUUUAUUUAUCAUUUUUUGUUUUGAUUACAACUGGUUAUUCCUGGUAUAGUCCAAAGCAAAUCCAACCCACUCCACUUAGGUGUGUAGAGAGGCUGGAUCCUCCCCUUCUUGUUGUUAUGUCAGUCUAAGUUAUACUUUUUACAAAACGAAUACAUAUAUUACAUUGUCCCAAAACGAAAGGUACCCGUUUCUCCCCAGUUAGGGGAGUCUCUCAGUGGGUCAAUUUCAAACCAAAUGUUAUAUGGAAAAAUAAAUGAAAUAUAAUUUA